CAUCAAGAGGCUUCAAGCGUCCAGCAGACGCAUUUUUUACGUCUGCGGCUAAUUUAUCAAGGCGAGCGAAAAAGUACUCUGUGGAAGCAUCUGCUAAAAUGUGUGAGGCCUACAAGGCAUAUUUCGGCAUUCCUGUCGGGGAUCAAGGCAAUCCCUGGGCACCUGAUUUCACCUGCGAGCAAUGCAAAAAAACUCUGGAAGAGGGGAAAAGAGAUCCAUGAAGUUCGCUAUCCCAAGAAUUUUGCAGGAACCCACUGACCAAUCAAGCAACUGCUACUUCUGCAUGGUGGACCCUUCCAAACGUCGGACUGGCAAGAAUGAACCUGCUAUCACGUAUCCGGACCUUCAUCCAUCGCCCCGGUGCUGCCAUGAGCUCUGCAUACCCACUCCUCCGGAGAGAGAGCAGCCGUCUUUAGAAGAGAGCAGCAAGUCAGAGAGCGAGGAAGAUGUAUAUCCAGAUGACAAUUUCAGAGGUGGAGCUGAGGAGAGAAACCCAUACUACCCCAACCAAAAAGACCUCAACGACUUGAUCAGAGAUCUUGGUCUCGCCAAGUCCAAUGCCGAGCUUUUGAUGUCUAGACUCAUGCAGUGGAACUUGUUGGAUGAAAGUGUGCAAGUCGCAGAUCAGAGGAAGCGUCACCAACAAUUUUGCAGCUUCUUCACCCGUUAAGAAGGGCUCUGCUUCUGCCACCAUGUAACCAGUCUAUUCAAGGCAAUCAAAAUCGCCUGUAACCAGAAUGAGUGGCGCCUCUUCAUUGACAGCUCAUUCAGGAGCCUCAAAGCCGUGCUGCUCCAUAAUGGUAACAAAUACCCGUCUCUUCCCUUGGCUCACUUGGUGCACCUCAAAGAGGAUUACAACAGCAUCAAGACCUUGCUGGACGCCUUGAAGUAUGAUUAGUAUGGCUGGGAGGUCAUCGGAGACUUCAAAAUGGUGGCAUUCCUCAUGGGUCUCCAAAGCGGUUUUACCAAGUUUCCCUGCUAUCUUUGCCUUUGAGACAGCAGGGACACCAAGGCGCACUACCACAGGCGGGACUGGCCACAGCGGACCGAGUUCUCUGUGGGGAGGAAUAACAUCAAGUGGGAGCCACUGGUGAACCCCUGGAAGGGAAUCGAUUCGGUUCACCUUCAUCGACGCCGAUUCGGAUGACGUCACCGCGAAGCGAGACGCGAGAAGAUGGCGGGCAUCCUCUUCGAAGACAUCUUCGACGUCAAAGACAUGGACCCCGAGGGGAAGAAAUUUGACCGCGUUUCCAGGCUGCACUGUGAGAGCGAGUCGUUCAAGAUGGAUCUCAUCCUGGACGUGAACACGCAAAUCUACCCCGUCGACUUGGCGGAUAAGUUCCGUUUGGUGGUGGCCAGCACCUUGUACGAAGACGGAACUCCAGACGACGGAGAGUACAACCCCUCAGACGACCGGCCGUCCAGGGCAGAGCAGUUUGAGUACGUCAUGUACGGCAAGGUUUACCGCAUCGAGGGCGACGAGACGUCCACUGAGGCUGCCACCCGCCUGGCUGCCUACGUGUCAUUUGGGGGGCUGCUCAUGCGCUUGCAGGGCGACGCCAACAACUUGCACGGGUUCGAGGUGGACUCCAGGGUCUACCUGCUCAUCAAGAAACUGGCUUUCUGAGCUGUGUGCGUGUGCCAGGAGUGAAUGUGUGUGAUGUUAUUUGUAAGUAAUUGAGUGAGGAAUGACAGUGAGUGGGAGUGCACACUUUUGAGUGUGCAUGUGAGUGAAUGUUACGCGAGUGACUUGUGGCAGUGAGUGCGCACUGUGAAUGCUAAUGGGAAUGACUGUGAUUGCACACUGUGUGUGUGAGUGAUUGUGUGUGUUGAGAUUCAGCUAUCGCUUGUCACCGGUGUUGAACACCACAGCCAACAAUGUAACCAAGGAGCCCCCCUGUCCAAUUUGUUCCCUCUGCAUAGCUUGCCAUCUGGGAUCCUCCGGCCCAUGUGACCUAGUGUAGUCGCACCACCUGCAUGUCUGCAUGCGCACACUGCCCCUAAUUGCACACUGACAUAACCUUGUGUCUUUGGGAAGUUAUGAGUGGUUAUCAUCCUAAGAAAUUAUCCCAAUGACCCCAGGUUACAUGUUGGCUGUGGUGCUCAACACCAGCAAGGAGUGAUAUUUGAAGUUUACUUGCCUAUAAUUGAGCACCUGGUGUAGUGGUGGUGUCAGCCUCAGAUUCUCAUUAACAGCACUUGCCCUAACAUUGUGUAACAUGUAUUUGUGACUACAUCUCAUCACAUGUAUGAACAAACCCUUUGCAGUGUUGUCAGGUACAUUGAAAGUUGCUUGCACAAUAAUGUGGAGUUGAAAUCUGACUUGUGCUUACACGCACACACCCGUGUGUACCUGCAAUAAUGGAUAUCGUUGCCCAAAAUAGGCACCCCAAGGCGCAAUUGAACAUUUUUUAUUUCUGGAGCAUGUGUCGAUGUGUGUGCCGUCAUAUUUAUAUUUCAAUAAAAAUGAUUUACAUUA